UUCCCAAACGUCGUAGUGUGAGGAGCCAGACACUUUGCUUGUGAAAAUUCAUCGAAAUUGUGUUGUUUCCAAUAGUGUCGUGUGAGUUUCUUGAAAAGAGGACCGUUUGUUAGCGCCACAAAAUAGAAUGAACGUUAUUAACGAGUGGGAGGAGAUGUAUCAAACCGGGGGACUGACGCCGGAAGUGAUAGUGCAGCAUUUGCGAAACAUCGCUGGUACCUUCAUACUUCCGGUGGGAGCGGACCAGCCGCAACUGCCCGAUCAGCAGCAGCAGGAGCAGCAGCAGCAGCAGCAGCAACAGAACGUGCCCGAUCCGGACGCGCAGGGCGGCAACAAUGGCUUUCUGUCCGGCAACUACGUAUACAGCGAUACGAUGGCACGGGCGGCCACCAUCGCCGUGAUGGAGCUGUUCAUCUGCGGCCCGAACCCGGACAACUAUCUGGAACAGAUCCGACAGGCCGACACCGUGUCGUCGGUGUGCGGGCGCGUCUUCAAGAUUGGCGAGCCGACGUACAGCUGCCGGGAAUGCAGUAUGGAUCCGACGUGCGUGCUGUGCUCGACGUGCUUCAAAAAGUCAGAACAUCGCAACCACAAAUACAAAAUGGCUACUUCCGGUGGAGGCGGAUGCUGCGACUGCGGCGACGAGGAGGCUUGGAAGAAGUACCCAUUCUGCGAGGAACAUGCUGUUUGCAUUACCGAUCAGACGCAGGCGAGCCAGCAGCAGCAGGCACCGCUGCCAGAGGAACGAAAGAUGCGCUGCGAGAUCGUGUUCCGUGCCAUACUGAACUACAGCAUGCAGAUGCUGCAGAUGCACGGCACCGGGAACUGUCCCGAGCUGGAGGAUGACGAAAACACGCACUGCACGAUUCUGUACAACGACGAAACGCACACAUUCGAGCAGGUUAUCCAGACGCUAACUUCGAUCGUUAAAUGCGAACACAAAACCGCAAUCGAGUACGUGACCAGUAUUGACCGGGAGGGGCGUGCCGUCGUCAAGUGUGCCUCGUUCGAGGUGUGCAAGAAGCUAAAGGAGGACAUCGAGAACAAGGCGAUGCGCUCCACCCUGACUACCCGUGCGAUGCCGCUGAAGGUGACGGUGAUGCAUCGGAACGAGGUCGCCUGCCAGCAUCUGGCAAUGCAGCUGCUCGUAUGGCUCCAGGAGUUCUUGACCAAAAAUUCCACCUUCCGGAGCGUGUUCGCCGAGACGAUCAGCAAGCCGCAGGUGACGUACAAUCUGAAGUUCAUCCUCAGCAACGAUCACAACCUGUGGAAGUCGGCCCGCGCCUGCUGGCACCGUCUGCUCAUCUCGGGCAUGCUGAUGGAGUACGAGAACAAGAAGCUGCUGGCGACGACCUUCACCAAGCUGUACACGUCGCUGAUGCAGGACUUCAUCCGGGACGACCACUACCACUCGUUCUCGAUCGUGUCGCUGAGCGUGCAGCUGUUCACCGUGCCCACGAUCGCGCACUACCUGAUCGAGAACGAGUCCGCCUUCUUCAAGCUGAUGCACACCUACUUCUCCGAGACGAUCGACAAGUACGUGAAGAACCGGCAGCUGGUGUUCAUCAAGAACACGUCGACGAUGAACUCGUUCAAGCGGGCCGCCUACAUCCUGAUCGACCUGAAGUAUCUGCUCAGCUUCAAGCCGGAAAAGUGGACGCCGGAGCUGCGGGUCGGCUUCCUGCACGGCAUGCAGCAGCUGAUCCGGCUGCUGAAGUACAUGCAGGGCAUGGACGCGGCGACGCGCCAGGUCGGCCAGCACCUCGAGUACGAGCAGGAGUGGGAGACCGCGUUCACGCUGCACCUGAAGCUGUCCCACCUGAUCACGCUCGUGCUGGAGUGGUGCGCGACCGACCGCAUGGUGCUGCUGAAGGUGCUGCGCAUGGUCAUCACGGCGCUGACCGAAACCAAGUUCAUCGCGCUCGAGUCGGAAACGGUGGUGUGCGAGGCGGCCAACCACAGCGCCUCCUGCCUGACGUACGACGUGCUGACGCGCCCGGUCUCGGUGCACCUGCCGCUGACCCGCUUCCUCGCCGGGCUGUACACCGUGUUCGAGCGGCACGACUUCACCUUCGACAAGGUGUCGCAGAACCUGCCGGACCGGCCGACGCCGGAGCAGAUCAUCGAGCCGGUACUGUGCGCCCGCACGAUGAUGUCGCAGGUGCAGGCGGGCAUGUGGCGCCGGAACGGGUACGCCCUGAUCAACCAGCUGUUCUUCUACCGCAACGUCAAGUGCCGGUACGAGAUGCUGGACCGGGACAUCGUCAUCCUGCAGAUGGGCGCGUCCCUGAUCGAGGCGAACGAGUUCAUCAUACACGUGCUGAACAAGUACAAGCUGCUCGGGUGGCUGGAGCAGGACGUGCCGGAGCGGCAGCGGGCCGUCGAUGCCGGCUCCGGCAGCGACGAGGACCACAUGCGGCAGGCCGGCAUACUGGUGGAGGAGUUUCUCGAGCUGCUGAUCGUGAUCAUCGGCGAGCGGUACGUGCCGGGCGUCGGCGACGUCACCGAGAGCGACCGCAUCAAGAAGGAGAUCGUGCAGCAGCUCUGCAUCAAGCCGCACUCGCACUCCGAGCUGAGCCGGGCGCUGAACGAGGACAGCUGCAGCGAGAUCAUGUUCGAGUCGGUGAUCGACGACGUGGCCGUGUUCGAGAAGCCGAACAGUGCGGAAAAGCGGGGCGUCUACAUCCUCAAGCCGGAGUACAACAGCUGGUACAAUCUGUACUUCUACCACUACAGCAAGGAGGACAAGUCCCGGUCGGAGGAGCGCCAGCGCCUGCAGAAGAAGGAGAAGAACGAGCUGGUCUGCUGUCCUCCGCCCACCCUACCAAAGCUUACACAAAUUUUCAGCACAAUACCCACUUUGCUGCAGUGUGAUGUUAUGCUGAAGGUGAUGCAUGUCGUGAUGACCCGAGCGCUCGAUUUGCGAUCAGUAUCAUUCACCGAAGGACAGUUGCAACGUGUCCUCCAUCUGAUCGGAUAUGCUCUACAGGAAGAGGAAUCGGGCCACUACCCGUACAUGACUUUCUACGACCGAAGCCAAACGAUCGGGCUGCUGCCGAUGCUGGAGGAGCUUUGCAACCAUCCAAGGGUGGAAUCGCUGCGGGAUCUGCUGCGCUGGGUAAUUCAGCGCUACAAAGCGAUGGAGGCGAAGCGCAUCAGCUCGAUCCAGAGCGAGAUCGAUCGGGGCGAGUCGAGUGGCAGCGGGCUGGCGAUGGCCGACCUGGACCGCCUCGAAAAAGAGCAGCGGGCGAAGCUGGCGGCGUUGCGCCGGGCCCAGCUGAUGGCGCAGAUGAAGCAGGCGCAGCAAACGUUCAUGAACACCAACCCGGACAUGUUCAGCACCGAGAGCGACGAUUCGUCCGAGCUGGGCCAGACGGAGCCGGAGCAGAGCGGCGCCGACAUGGACUGGCAGACGACGAGCGUGCAGCUGGUCGCGCUCGGCCCGAACCGUACGCCGGUCAAGCCGGCCGACACGGCCGCCCUGCGCCACUCGUGCAUCCUCUGCUCGGAAAAGUCCGUCCUCGGCACGUACGACUCGGUCAACAUGGUGUACGCCGCGUUCGUGCAGCGGUCGAGCGUGCUGUCCCGCUACCAGCAGACGGACGAGCGGGGCCAGCUGCAGCUGAUCGAGACGAAGACGCACCCGUCGCCGCACCUGACCACCUGCGGGCACGUGAUGCACACGACCUGCUUCGACAAGUACUACAACAACGAGGUGAUCAAGGAGAACCGGCGCCCGUACCGGAACCGGGCCCCGAUCCUGUUCGACAUCGAGAAGAACGAGUUCCUGUGCCCGCUGUGCCGCUUCCUGAGCAACUGUCUGCUGCCGCUGGUGCCGCCGCACGAAACGAUCACGAGCAGCGCGAAGGCGCGCACGAACGCGUCGGUGCGGGCGGCCGGCGGCCCCGACUCGCUGCCCGAUCCGCCGAUAACGCAGCCGAACGAGUUCACCUUCCCGCUGUGGUACGCGUUCAUGCAGGACAUGGUGGCAAACACGGCGCACCGCGUGGAGCAUCCCAUGCCGCCGCGUGGCUCGUCCGGCGGCGGCACGCCCAAGGAGCGUGCGAUCCGCGCCACGCAGCAGGAUGUGCUGAUCAAGCGCUUCCGGGAGGCGGAACAGCAGCCGAUGAGCCUUGAGGAAGAGAUGCCCACCGCAAGCGGUGGUGCUGGUGGUGGUGGUGCUGCUGCUGCCGGUAGUGCUGGUGCCGACGGUGGCCAACAGCAGCCGGAGCCGUCACAGCACCGCCAGCUCCGCGACGGAAGUCGUGUGAUGAUGAUGGGCGGGGUGGAGCUGCCAGUGUACGAAAACGAGGACGACGUGCUGCUGGACCAGUACCACUCGAACCAGGCGUCGCUGACCUCGACCGACGAGGAGAUGGACUCGGACGAGGACGUCCGCUGGGUGAUGGACCCGCCCAUCCACCUGAACACGCUGGUGCUGCGGGACGUGGAGCCGCUGCACGGGGUGCGGCUGCGCUACUACGGCACGACGCACGAUCCGCCCGAGAUAAGCCGGCUGUUCGACCGCACGAUCAAGUACUCGCUGCUCAACUUCGCGAAGAACGUGCGCAGCUUCACCACCGUGCCGUACAAGGCGAAGCGGUUCGCCGAGUAUCUCGCCCCGUGGCUGACGCUCUCCUACACGAUCAAGUCGAUCGAGAUGCAGCUGCGGGUGAUGCAGCGCCCGCUCGGCAGCGAGCUGUCGAUCCGCUACUCCACCUGCCUGACCGGGCUGGUGCGGGCGGCGAGCGCGAUGGGCCCGCUGGUCAAGUCGAUGACCGCGCACUACUACAUGCUGCUGUUUCUGGUGGACGUGUACGAGACGCUGUUCGGGCUGAAGCCGUCGCCGUCCUUCUUCGAGUGGGACCUGUUCGGGCUGCUCAACACGUGCCUGUUCACCACGCGCAGCGUGCUGUACAGCUUCGUGCGCACCGAGCGCAUGCCGAAGGGCGACACGCUCGACCACUCGAUCGUGCAGGCCAUCUUCGUGGUGAACAUGCUGCGCACCAUCAUCACGUCGGUGACCGGCAUGGAGACGGCGCAGCAGGACACACCGAUGGCCGACGGGGCCGACGAGGGAGGCGAGUGCAGCUAUGCCAAGCAGAGGGAGGAUCCGGGCAAGGGGCCGCUCACCGAUGCCGAGCGCAAUCUGCUGACCCUGUUCCAGCGGUACAACAUUCACCAACCAAAGUCGGGAUCGGUCGACGCAGACGACGGCCACGACGACCAGCACCUGGCGGAGGAGAAAAAGAAGAAGCAGGAGGGAAGCUCGCCACAGGAACCGGUCGUGCUGCGCGGCACGCUGGCCGAGCAGCGGCGCAUCAGCCGGCAGCUGGUGCACGACAUCCAGCUGCAGAGCCACACGCUGCUGCGGUGCUGCUGCCUGCUGUUCCACGGCGUCACCGACAUCGAGCUGCCCCAGUGCACGGACGUGCCGGAGCUGGACUACCAGCCGAUGAUGAAGUAUCUCGAUCUGCCGGUCGACCCGCUCGCCUACCUGCGCACCGGCGAGCCCACGUACGAGCUGGUCGAGCGGCUCGCCCGCUGCAACGCGGACCAGAUCGAGCGGAUGCGGUACGCCCGCCAGGCCCAGCUGCUCGGCGAGCCGAAGUCGCUGUUCCAGCCGGCCCUGCCCGUCCGCCAGCUGAUCGACCUGCCGGACGACUACAGCGAUCUGAUCAACAGCGUGUCGCUGUUCACCUGCCCGAACAACAUCCGGGACGAUUCGCGCAACCCGACCAUGUGCCUGGUGUGCGGCGAGAUACUCUGCUCGCAGUCGUUCUGCUGCCAGAAGGAGCUGGACAAGAGCCCGGUCGGCUCGUGCACCUACCACACCGCCGAGUGCGGCGCCGGCAUCGGCAUCUUUCUGCGCAUCCGCGACGCGGAGAUACUGCUGCUCGGCAUCAACAAGGGCUGCUUCAUCCCCGCCCCGUACCUGGACGAGUACGGCGAGACGGACCAGGGCCUGCGCCGGGGCAACCCGCUGCGGCUGUGCAAGGAGCGCUACCACAAGCUGUACAUGAUCUGGCUGACGCACGGGCUGCACGAGGAGAUAACGCGGCGAAACGAGGCGCAGCAGACAAUAUUCGCCACCCAGUGGCAGAACCUUUAAAAGAAACUGUUUCUGGUAGGGGGGGGGGGGGGGGGGGA